UGACCCUGCAAAGAUUCCGUAUUUAGGCGAAGAGCAGCAGCAUCAGUAAGAUUCAGAAUUUGUUUUGGCUUUUUUUCUUAAGCCAAUUGUGCGUCCGUAUCUUCCACAACCACAGACGAGGACGCCGUUACAUCAUCAAUGACUUCCUGAUGAGUGUAUUCCCAGUAUUAGAAAAGAAGCCCGACUAAUGCAUCAUCAAAAAGAUGACCUGAUGUAAACGAGAGGUUUAAAAGGUGACACCCUGCUGGUUUAAGCGCAUAACCUUCACCAUGGGGAGGAGAUACUACUGCGACUACUGCGACCGCUCCUUUCAGGACAACAUGCACAACAGGAAGAAGCAUCUGAAUGGUGUUCAGCAUCACAGAUCAAAAAAGGCCUGGUAUGACCAUUUCAGAGACUCCUCAGCCAUUCUGUGUGACGAGCAAGCAAAGAAAGCCUGCAGGAAGUUUCUCCAGAAAGGAAUCUGUGAUUUUGGUCCUAACUGCAGGUUUUCUCACAUGUCAGAAGAAGAUAUGGAUCACUUAAAAAGACAAGUGGAGGAUGAACGGCAACUCAGAGAGGGCCCUGAUAGUUUCCUGCCCGGGCGAAGUAUAGGCGACUGGCUCUCUAGAAGGGAGAAGAAGAAAACUGCCCUCGGCGUCAAAGGAGAUCUAAAAAAUAAGGAAGACGGCGAAGACGGAGAAGCAGAGAGUGACGCACCUCCACAGCUCCUCUCCAUCCCUGACCUACCGCCCUCCCUCCUGCCUCCUCCCCUGGGCGGUUGGAAAGUCAAAGUGAACACAGAUUGGGGCUGAGAGAUAUUCACUUUGUUGUUCAAAUCACUGUUAAGUGGAUGUUUGACAUUCAGAGUAGGAGGAAUGGUUUGGAAUACAUAUAUGAUUAAGCAGUGGUGUCCUUUUUAAAUUUAAAGUAACCAGGUGUCUCAGUUUGGAACAUUGUCCUCAACUGAGACGAAAGAGCAGUUUGUAGCCAUUUCUCAUGUUAAAAUAGAAACAAAAUACUUCAUAUUUUCUGGUUAUUAUAAAGAAGAGCUGCUCAUGUUUUACAUUUUGCUCAUUUUACUAAUAGAUUCUAGUUUACGGUCUAAAAAUGAUAUGAAUAAGGUUUUAGAUAAACAAAAACACCCACCUUUAGAACAGCAAGGUACACUUAAUCUCAGAUUAGCUAAUUCCAUGCAAAAAUAAGCCUCAUAAUUGACAUUUUGGCAGUGCGUUGUUGUCAGUAAGACUCCCUGAAAGAGUGUAAUUUGAUGCUGCAUUGUCUCAGAAGAAAUGGAGGAUUGCUGAGCAGAUGGAAAUACAUUUUUGUCUUAAUUUGAUCCUGUGCUGUGCCACUGGGGGAACACUUGAUCUGACUAAAUUUAAUUUCUUCCAAACCACUGGAAAGCACAAUUUUCCUUCCUAAUUGUAAAGUUGGCGAAGUCAUGAUCUGGAUGACAUUAAAUAAAGAUACUUUCUAUGCUCAGAAAGUUGAACUUUUUUCCCCCACUAAGCCUCCUGCAGAUCCCAUGGAUUUGUGACUGUAUAUUUAUAUUUGUCUCUGGCCCUUAAAACUCUCAAUCAUGUAAUUCCUUUCAACUGGGAUCUUGCUAAGAUGUUUAUUCUUUAAACUGUUGUUGUGUACCUGGUGCAGUGUUUGCAGCAGAAGGCUCAUUAAAUGGUGUUUUUUUCAAA